GAACGAUCUGAUCACUGUGUGUAUUGAUCAUGGCUCAACCAAGCUAUGCACCUUUAUUCUCUCCAGUUUCUGUGAUAGGGUCACAGUUCAUGGUACCAUAUCAAUUUGAUAUGAUAGUUGAUAUAAAUUCAAGCGGAAACCUUGUGAUCACAGAUAUUAACCAUAAAAUCAUGCUCAAAGUGAAACCAUGCGACUCAUCCUUCCAUCUUCAGCGAGUGCUGCUCGAUGUUUAUGACAAACCCAUCUGCAUGAUCCGAGAGAAGAUCAUGAGUGAGCAUAAUCGAUGGAAUGUGUUUAGGGGUGAUAGUAAAAGCAAAUCGGAUAUAAUAUUUAGCACAAAGACACCUGGCAUGAUCCAGUCUAAGACCAGUGUACAUGUGUUCUUAGCAAACAAAGCCAGUAGUAAAGAUGUUUGUGAUUUCAAGAUCAAAGGAAGCUGGUCGAAGAAAACCUGCACUGUCUAUAUAGGAGAUACUUCAACAACAAUCGCCCAAAUGUAUAAAACGCAAUCACGGGAGAAUGGGGAGUACGUUAAGGACAAAUUCAUGGUGACAAUUUAUCCCAAUGUCGAUUAUGCUUUUGUGAUGACACUUGUAGCGAUCGUUGAGGCUAUGAAAAGCUCCAACACAGAUGAAGUUGUUGAGGAAGUUAUUGGUUCACUUUUUCCUUAGUCAUAUCAGUUGCAUUCUCUGUUCCUAAAUUCCUGACUGGAUUGUAUUAUAUAAUUCUUGAGUUUUCUUAUGGGUUUUUAGCCAUAGGGAAGGCCCUUCCUUUUUGACACAGAUGAUAUAUAUGAAGAUUGCAAGAAUCAAGGAUGGAAACCAAAUCGAUUCAAAUCCCUGGCUGUAACAUCAAGACUGCCUUUAAAAUCAAAAAUCGUCUUUCAUCCAACUCACUAAUCAGAAACGUCUUUCAAUAAUCACAAUCUAAUGUCUUUUAUAAACGAUCAUAAGCCAUGUAAUUCGAGUUAUGGAGGCCAUAUUCUCAUUGGUGGUGGUUGUUUUUCCGAAGUGUUGUGAUACUGAUUGAUGUUGGGUUGUUUUUCCGAAGUGUGAUUUUUGAUUUUUCUAUGAGCUUAGAUAUCAUAUUAUCAAGGGGGUGCAGGAUGGUAUUGUUUGGGUGUUUUUAUUGACUAUAUGUAAUAUGUAAAGUGUAUUUGGUUGUGGUUUUGCGAUCCUCUACUUCACGUUGAUAAUCAUGGGUGGGGAAUUUAUUCUCUUUGUAUUUUUGUUGGUCCC